GCGCGCAGGAGCCGCCGCCGCCCGCGUCUCCGUUGCCGCGCGCCUGAGCCGCCGUCGUCACCUCGCGCCCUGCUCGGGGGCACCCCCCCAUCCCCAUGGAGGUCUCCCAAAGGAAGGCACCGCCGCGCCCCCCGCGUCCCCCGCGCCCCUCACGCCCCGCCGCGCCGCUGCCCCUGCUCGCCUAUCUGCUGGCUCUAGCGACGCCCGGCCAGGGCGCGGACGAGCCCGUGUGGCGGUCGGAGCAAGCCAUCGGAGCCAUUGCGGUGAGCCGGGAGGACGGAGUGUUCGUGGCGAGCGGCAGCUGCCUGGACCAGUUGGACUACAGCCUGGAGCAUAGCCUCUCACGUCUGUACCGGGACCAAGCGGGCAACUGCACAGAGCCCAUCUCGCUGGCGCCCCCCGCGCGGCCCCGGCCCGGGAGCAGCUUCAGCAAGCUGCUGCUGCCCUACCGCGAGGGGGCGACCGGCCCCGGGGGGCUGCUGCUCACCGGCUGGACCUUCGACCGAGGCGCCUGCGAGGUUCGGCCCCUGGGCAACCUGAGCCUCAGCUCCCUGCGCAACGGCACCGAGGUGGUGUCUUGUCACCCGCAGGGCUCGACGGCCGGCGUGGUUUACCGUGCGGGCAAAGAGAAACGUUGGUACCUAGCUGUGGCCGCCACCUACGUGCUACCAGAGACUGAGACGGCGAGCCGCUGCAACCCGGCAGCGUCCGACCGCGACACUGCCAUCGCGAUCAAGGACACGGAGGGGCGCCGCAGCCUGGCCACGGAGGAGCUGGGCCGCCUCAGGCUUCGCGGAGGGGGUGCGGGUAGCCUGCACUUCGUGGACGCCUUUCUCUGGAACGCCAGCGUCUACUUUCCCUACUAUCCCUACAACUACACGAGCGGCGAUGCCACGGGCUGGCCCAGCAUGGCGCGCAUCGCGCAGAGCGCCGAGGUGCAGUUCCAGGGCCAGGCAGCCCUCGACUGCGGCCACGGGCACCCCCACGGCCGCCGCCUGCUCCUCUCCUCCAGCCUGGUGGAGGCCCUGGACAUCUGGGCGGGCGUGUUCAGCGCGGCCACCGGGGAGGGCCAGCAGAAGCGCUCGCCCGCCACCACGGCACUCUGCCUCUUCAGGAUGAGUGAGAUCCAGGUGCGCGCCAAGAGCUGCAAGUGGGACUUCGAGCCCAACGAACAGAACUGCAAAGAAGACCAGCAACUUGAAAAAGUCCAACCAAUCGCAUCGUCUACCUUGAUCCAUUCUGACCUGACAGCUGUUUAUGGCACCGUGGUACUGAACCGAGCUGUUCUGUUCCUGGGGACUGGAGAUGGCCAGUUACUUAAGGUUAUUCUUGAUGAGAAUAUGACUUCAAAUUGUCCGGAGGUCAUCUAUGAAAUUAAAGAAGAAACACCUGUUUUUUACAAACUUGUUCCUCAUCCUAAGAAGAAUAUCUACAUCUAUCUAACAGCUGGUAAAGAGGUGAGGAGAAUUCGAGUUGCAAACUGUAAUAAACAUAAAUCCUGUUCGGAGUGCUUAACAGCAGCAGACCCUCACUGCGGUUGGUGCCAUUCGCUACAAAGGUGUACUUUUAAAGAUGAUUGUGUACAUUCAGAGAACUCAGAAAACUGGCUGGAUAUUUCAUCAGGACCUAAAAAGUGCCCUCAAAUUCACAUAUCUCAAAGAGGUAAAGAUAAGACUGCGGUGACUUUGGUGGGAAGCGUCCCUCCCAGACACUCAGGGUGUGUGGUGAGGAACGUGGACACUGGCAGGGAGCUCUGCAAGGGGGAAAGCCGGCCGAACGAGACCUGCACCUGCAACAUCCUGACCAGAGCAUCCUACAAAGAUGUUUUAGUUGUCAACGUGACGUUCUCCUUCGGUUCUUGGCAUUUAUCAAAAAGAUUCAACUUUACCAACUGCUCAUCAUUAAGAGAAUGCCCCGUGUGUAUUGGAACAGACUGUGCUUGGUGUAAAAGUGAGAGAAAGUGUAUCCACCCAUUCACAGCGUGCAGCCCUUCUGAUUACUACGGAAACCAGGAACCUUGUCAAGUUGCGGUUGAGAGGCCGGCACCAUCCAAAACAACCGGAGUCGGAGGGUUUGCGGGGAAGAGUAACAGAACCCACCAGGGCUCCCAGGUCUUCUACGUUAAGUCCAUUGAACCACAGAAAAUAUCAACCUUAGGGAAAAGAAACGUGAUAGUUACGGGAGCAAACUUUACCCGGGCAUCUAAUAACAUCAUAAUGAUCCUGAAAGGAACCAGUACUUGUGAUAAGGAUGUGAUACCGGUUAGCCAAGUGCUAAAUGACACCCAUAUGAAAUUCUCUCUGCCAUCAAGCCGGAAAGAAAUGAAGGACGUAUGUAUCCAGUUCGACGGCGGGAACUGUUCUUCUGUGGGGUCCUUGUCUUAUAUCGCUCUGCCACACUGUUCCCUCCUCUAUCCAGCUACCACCUGGAUCAGUGGUGGUCAAAAUAUAACCAUCAUGGGCCGAAAUUUUGAUGUAAUUGACAACCUAAUCAUUUCCGACGAGGUAAAAGGAAACAUAAACGUCUCUGAAGAUUGUGUGGCGACUUCCUGCAGUUUCUCAGCCCCCAGUUUAAAGGGUUCGAAAGUGCGUACGAAUGUCACAGUGAAGCUGAAAGUUCAGGAGACCUACUUGGAUUGUGGAAGUUUGCAGUAUCUUAAGGACCCCAGAUUUACAGGAUAUCGGGUUGACCCCGAGGUGGACACAGAAUUGGAAGUAAAAAUUCUGAAAGAAAAUGAUAACUUUAACAUUUCUGAGAAAGACAUUGAAAUUACUCUAUUCCAUGGGGAAAACAAGCAAUUAAAUUGCAGCUUUGAAAAUAUUACUAGAAAUCAAGAUCUCACCACCAUCCUCUGCAAAAUUAAAGGCAUCAGAACUGCAAACAGCAUCGCCUCUUCUUCUAAGAAAGUUCACGUCAAACUGGGGAACUUGGAGCUCGAUGUUGAGCAGCAAUCAGUUGCUUCCCCUUUGUAUUUUCUGAUUGCGCUUCCCAUCUUGCUCUUGAUUGUCAUUUCUGUGGCUGUGGUGGUGACCAGACACAAAUCAAAGGAGCUAAGUCGCAAGCAGAGCCAACAGCUGGAGCUCCUGGAGAGCGAGCUCCGGAAAGAGAUCCGUGAUGGCUUUGCCGAGCUGCAGAUGGAUAAAUUGGAUGUGGUUGAUAGUUUUGGAACUGUUCCCUUCCUUGACUACAAACAUUUUGCUCUGAGAACUUUCUUCCCUGAGUCAGGUGGCUUCACACACAUCUUCACCGAAGAUAUGCAUAACAGAGAUGCCAGUGACAAGAAUGAGAGUCUCACGGCUUUGGAUGCCCUGAUUUGUAACAAAAGCUUCCUUGUUACUGUCAUCCACACCCUUGAGAAACAGAAGAACUUUUCAGUGAAGGACAGGUGUCUGUUCGCCUCCUUCUUAACCAUUGCACUGCAAACCAAGCUGGUCUAUCUAACCAGCAUCCUGGAGGUACUGACCAGGGACUUGAUGGAGCAGUCCAGUAACAUGCAGCCUAAGCUCAUGCUAAGACGUACUGAGUCCGUGGUUGAAAAACUCCUCACAAACUGGAUGUCUGUCUGCCUUUCUGGUUUUCUGCGGGAGACUGUUGGAGAGCCAUUCUACUUGUUGGUGACGACCUUGAACCAGAAGAUAAACAAGGGUCCCGUCGAUGUAAUCACGUGCAAAGCCCUGUACACCCUUAAUGAAGACUGGCUGCUGUGGCAGGUUCCGGACUUCAGUACUGUGGCAUUAAACGUCAUCUUUGAAAAGAUCCCAGAAAACGACAGUGCCGAUGUCUGUCGGAAUAUUUCAGUCAAUGUUCUUGAUUGUGACACUAUAGGCCAAGCCAAAGAAAAGAUUUUCCAAGCCUUCCUCAGCAAGAAUGGCUCUCCUUACGGACUUCAGCUGAAUGAAAUUUGUCUCGAGCUUCAAGGGGGCACGCGGCAGAAGGAACUCCUGGAUAUUGACAGCUCCUCUGUGAUUCUCGAAGACGGAAUAACCAAGCUUAACACCAUCGGCCACUACGAGAUAUCAAAUGGAUCCACUAUAAAAGUCUUUAAGAAGAUAGCAAAUUUUACUUCAGAUGUGGAAUACUCUGACGACCACUGCCAUUUGAUUUUACCAGAUUCGGAAGCAUCACAAGAUGUGCAAGGAAAGAGACAUCGAGGGAAGCACAAGUUCAAAGUAAAAGAAAUGUAUCUGACAAAGCUGCUGUCGACCAAGGUGGCAAUUCACUCUGUGCUUGAAAAACUUUUUAGAAGCAUUUGGAGUUUACCCAACAGCAGAGCCCCGUUUGCUAUAAAGUACUUUUUUGACUUUUUGGAUGCCCAGGCUGAAAACAAAAAAAUCACAGAUCCUGAUGUCGUACAUAUUUGGAAAACAAACAGCCUUCCUCUUCGCUUCUGGGUAAACAUCCUGAAGAACCCUCAGUUUGUCUUUGACAUUAAGAAGACACCACACAUAGACGGCUGUUUAUCAGUGAUUGCCCAGGCAUUCAUGGACGCGUUUUCUCUCACAGAGCAGCAGCUCGGGAAGGAAGCACCAACUAAUAAACUUCUCUAUGCCAAGGAUAUCCCAACCUACAAGGAGGAAGUAAAAUCUUACUACAAAGCAAUCAGGGAUUUGCCUCCAUUGUCAUCUUCAGAAAUGGAAGAAUUCUUAACUCAGGAAUCUAAGAAACAUGAAAAUGAAUUUAAUGAAGAAGUGGCCUUGACAGAAAUCUACAAAUACAUCGUAAAGUAUUUUGAUGAGAUUCUAAGUAAACUAGAAAGAGAACGGGGGCUGGAAGAAGCUCAGAAACAACUCUUGCAUGUAAAAGUCUUAUUUGAUGAAAAGAAGAAAUGCAAGUGGAUGUGAGCAUUCUGGGGCCUGGCUUAAUCUGGCAAAGUUCUUCAGAUGACUUGGGAGCAAAAUGGCUGCCUGAGCUACUCUGCGUCGUUCAUUUUUAAAGUUUGCACAUAGGUUCCACUUUGAGCACUGUCUACAAGAGACCAAGGCACAUGCACAGCUUUUAGAAAAGCAUACCAACUCUUGUGCCUGUGUGUAUACUGUGGGAACCCUUUUGUAAAUAGAGUUGAAGUGGUUGUUGCAAACAGCCUCCUUGUUUACAGAGAAUACAGGGCCAGUAAGCAAGUGUCAGUAUUGUAACUACAGUCUCCACUUAAGCACAAUGAUAUAAGUGGUUUUGUUUGAAAACUACAGUUAUGUAGCACUUGUGACUACACUGCACCUCUGCAGAAAAGGGACACUGCCAGUGAUAAAACAAAAUGUGAAACGAGUCAUUUGGAAACAAGGUGGAGGUGUUAGGGCAACCUUGAGGAUGUGCAGCAUCGAAACUUUCCCCAGUAGUUCUUGGAAAAGUCGACGGCAGAAUUUGGUAGUGUGUACACUUAGCAUUUGUGAGUGUGUGUAUGUGUUUUUAAACCAAAAACUAACAGUGUUGCAACAUUGUUGAAAGGGCUCGUGUUUUUCAGUGGUCACCAACUGCACUCCGUCACUCGCCUCCAUGUCACUAACGGGCUCUAAAGCAAGGAGAGCGAGCCGGCUUUAAGUGCAACAGCAUUUUAUCCAGACACUUUGUCCUAGGGUAUGUUCCUUUCUUUCAUUUUAUUUUUUCAAACUAAAUGUAUUUGAUAGUGGACAUGAUGAGUAUUUUAAAAAAUUAGUUUAUUUCUGUCUAAAAACUUUGAUCAGAUCUGUGGAAGAGGAACUCCCUCCGCUAAUCCUACAUUUCUAUACUGGAGUCUCCUUGCUUUAGCGUUCUGGUGAAUCCUGUGGUUAUAAAUACUUGUGUGUGAUUUAAAAAA